AUGCCGAAGCUUCCCACCUCGUCAGCCGACACAGAGAAUCAUUUCCCACCAUCCACCACCUCCUCCACGGAUGCCUCACUACCCCUUCCCGCACCACCAAACGACAAUCAGCUAAGCAUUCUCACUCUCAAUAUCUGGGGUCUCAACUACAUCUCCAAGUCCCGAAUACCGCGUAUUAAAGCAAUCGCUUCCCAUCUCGCCUCAUCUUCCGCUCCACACUACGAUUUCGUCUGCCUACAAGAGAUCUGGUACGAAUCCAAAGACUGGCGCUUUCUGAAACAGGCUCUCUCCUCUCGAUAUCCUCAUUCCAAAUUCUUCUACUCUGGCGCUUUCGGUUCUGGUCUAGCUAUCCUCUCCAGAUGGCACAUUCUUGAGACGAGAACGCAUCCAUACUCGUUGAAUGGGCAGCCGAUCCACGUGCAACAUGGAGACUGGUUUGUGGGGAAAGCUUGUGGUUGUGUGACGAUCAACCAUCCGAAGCUUGGGUUGGUGGAUGUGUGGAAUACGCAUUUUGUCGCAGCGGGGGGUGAGGAUGGACCGGAGUAUAAGAGGGCACAUAGGAUCACACAGGCGUAUGAGUUGGCGACAAAUUGUAGGAAUAGCGCGAGUAGAGGUAGACAUGUGGUUUGCGUGGGAGAUUUGAACUCUACGCCUCCUUCGUUGGUCAUCGGGCUGCUGAAGAAUGUAGGAGGGAUGUAUGAUAGCUUCUUGGACUCGCAUCCGGAGUUGCCGGAGCAUGCGACCAGUUUGGAUGCACAGGGCGGUGGUGCUCGAGUGGGUUCUGCGGUGGCUAGACCGGACCCGCAGAGGGCGAUUGAGGAACUGGGUGUCACUUGCGAUUCACCUCUCAAUUCGUGGACUGCAGGGAAGCCACUGGAUGAAAGAGCGACGAGAGGUGCAGGCAAGCGUCUCGACUAUAUCUUAUAUCGUGGUCCAGCCGAUCUGAGCUUUGCUGAGGAAGCAACAGAUCCCAAUGCUGCCCUUUCAGCAUCGCUCGCCUAUUCUGCAUCUCACUCUUCACGCGGUCGACUCACUUGCAAUUCCUCCGCAGUUGUAGUCACCGAUCGCGUUCCAGGUCACGAUUGCUCCUUCUCGGAUCACUUUGGCGUCGAAUCAUUCUUCUCGAUCCUCGAUACUCCCGCUGCGGAGAGUAGCAACAAAAAUCGCAAGCUGGAUGCAACAACACGUCGAGCCGCACAACACAAAGCGCUGACAUCUUCUCUCCACGCGCUUUCAGGAGGCUUCGCUGCAAGCCGUAGCAACCAGAUGAGUCAUUUCUACGUCUUUGGUGCAACCUUGCUCCUAGCGAUAGGUUUGAUUGUUGCAAGUAUCUUUCAGCCGCUCGGAGGGGUGAAUCCUGUGUUUGUACUGUUAGCUGUAGUUGCAGGAUGGGGAGGGACGACGAUGUUGUAUAGUGCUGUGGUGUGGGGCGAAUGGGAGAAACGAACCCUUCGCACGGUCAUGGAGAUGAUCGAGUUAGAGAUCCAUCAAAUCCGACCCUCAUCUCAAAAUACUAAUGGAUCCCUUGCUGGAUAUCAGACCGGCCCAAGUGGUGAGGCUGUUCGCGAAGGCACACUCUUCUAA